UUCUCCUUAUUUCCAUCUCAAACCGAAGAGGAAAAAAUAAAAAAUAAAAAAAAUGGCUCGAAUCUUGUCGCAAACCCUAAUCCGCGAAUCCCAAGCCCUAAUCCACGACCCCCCUCCAUCAUCCCGAUCCCCUUUCUUCGCCUCUCGAUUCAUCAACCUCCGCUCUCGAUCGAAGCGCCCCGAGAAGGCUCAGCUCCUGGAGCUCGAUCUCGGUCCUGAGGAACCCGAAUCCGGAUCCGGAUCAGGAUCCGAGAACCGAGGGAAACGGAGACUGCAGGAGGCGAUCCACGCGAUCAUCAUUCGUAGGGCCGCACCAGAUUGGAUCCCGUUCGUUCCGGGAUCGUCGUUUUGGGUCCCGCCGGCGACGAAGAGGAGCCCUUUGACGGACGAGGAGGAGCUCUCGUUUUCUUCUCCUCGGGGGUGGCCGUCGUUCUCCUAUUUUGUUGAUGGUGUAUUGCCACACACAGUGGAUAAUAGGCCAGAUAAGGUCAGUAAUGUAUCAGAAAAGAUGGAGAAUAGCCUGGAAAAGGCCAGCAUUAGUCCAGAAAAGGCAACUCCUAAGUCUGAUGAUGAAGAAAGUGGAUUUAAAUGUGCUGACAAGAUCAGCAGCAGCGAAUGAAAUUAAUUCACUGCACGGUUGAGUUGCUUUUCUGUGAACUUCAGGCAGAUUUAUUUCCAGAUUCUGCUUCACUGUAAAUAUCCAUGUUCUGGUCCGCCAGGGUUGUACAUAUUCAAGAAGAGUGGUUCUAGUGCAGCCAACUCAGAAAAAUAAUGAGACAAAUAACGUCUUCUUAGAUCCAUGCUUACGAAAUGUAUUAUGUAUUGUAAACUGUUUGAAAGUUGUAAUGCAGGAUAUUUAUUGUACAGAGAAGCGGUUAAUUUAUUUACUUAUCGUUUUCUCUACGAA